AUGGCGGAAGGUCAAGUGGAUGACAACCUCACUAGUGAAAUGAAGAAGCAGAGAUUCAACGCACAACGAAAUGUCAACUCAGAGAAUCACGAGAGUGACAUGGUGUUCAAGGAGUUCAUGAACCUUCGAUCUUUAUGGGCAAAGGUUACACAGAUGAACAGGACAAAAGUUGACAGUGGAGGAGAAGGACAAGGAGAUCGAGAGCUCAAGGCCUGUAUUUGCGACAACAUGCAUCAGAGUCAGAAGGAAAUGGAGGAACUGGUGUGUUCGUUUGAAGAGAUUAUUGAGACCGAAGCGGUGGAGAGUCUACGGUUGAUAAACCAGAACCAGAUGCUAAAGAAGCAACGGAAUAUGGCUGAAGGGGUUGAUGAGCUUGCUUGA